AUGAAAGACAUUAUUGCUGUGCAUACUAAUCCCGGUGAUUUAGUCCUGGACCCUUUUAUGGGUUCGGGAACUACUGCGGCAGCUUGUAAAGAAUUAGGUCGUAAUUUUAUUGGUUCGGAACUGGAUAAAGAAUAUUUUCAAAAAGCCUCCGCGAGGUUAGAAAAGUUGAAUGUAUCGAAAUCUGAACUGGAAUUAGGUAAGGAUGAUUUGCCAGUUUUAAUCGCCGAGGCUGAGGCACAUAUUAGCAA